CGCGCUCCCGGCUGCGCUGCAGCUUGGCCCUCAGGUCCCGCGUCAGGCCAGCGGCUCAGUCCCUCGCCGACGCCAUGGCAGUCCUGGGCUCCCCGGCCGACUGCGGCUACAUCCGAACCGUGCUGGGCCAGCAGAUCUUCGGCCAGCUGGACAGCUCCAGCCUGGCGCUGCCCUCCGAGGCCAAGCUGAAGCUGGCGGGCGGCGGCGGCCGCGGCGGCCAGGCGGCCAAGAGCCUACGGAUCCAGGAGCAGGUGCAGCAGACCCUAGCCCGGAAGGGGCGCAGCCUCGUGGCCAACGGAAAUCUUCACCGAACCAGCAGCGUGCCUGAAUAUGUCUACAACCUGCACUUGGUUGAAAAUGACUUUGUUGGAGGGCGUUCCCCCGCCACUAAGACCUAUGACAUGCUGAAGGCUGGGACCACAGCCACCUACGGCGGUCGCUGGGGGCGAGGGACACUGCAGUACAGCUCCCAGAAGUCAGUGGAGGAGAGGCCCUCGCGGCAGCCACUGAGGAGGCUGGAGAUCUCCCCAGACAGCAGCCCUGAGAGGUUCCGCUAUGCACACAGUGAGCACCACUACAGUCAGAGGAGCCAGCAGGGCCUCCCCCGGCGACACCAGGACAGCCGGCGGUCCGCACUCCUCACCACCCCAAGAUACGCCCGCUCCGAGGCCGGGGGCUUCACCCACACUGGGGCGGUGAGCAGGCAGUACCACUAUGACACCUACCACAGACACCACCAAUAUGGGUCUGCCAGCGACAGCGUCUUUGACCAUGUCCUCGUCACCCCCGCAGUGCUCACCUACCCCCGGCCAGGCACCAGUCACAGCAUGGGCAAUCUCCUGGAGAAAGAGAACUACCUGAGUACAGGACCUGCCUCCGGGCAGGUGCGACCACUGGUGCCCCUUCAGCCAGUCACUCAGAACAGGGCCGCCAGGUCCUCCUGGCACCAGAGCUCAUUCCACAGCACGCGCACGCUGAGGGAAGCUGGGCCGAGUGUCGCUGUGGACUCGGGGGGCCGGAGGACACACAUGACCGUGGGCCAGGUGGCCGCAGCAGGCAGUGGAAAUCUGCUGCUCGAGAGAAGCGCUGUCACGGACCCACAGCUGGGGGGCGCGGACAUGGAGAUGACCCUGGAGCGAGCCGUGAGCAUGCUGGACGCGGACCACACGCCGCCGGCCAGGGUGGCAGCCGCGGCCACCUUCAUCCAACACGAGAGCUUUCAGAAGGCCGAGGCCCGCAGGCGGGUGUACCAGCUGCGUGGCAUCCCCAAGCUUCUGCAGCUGCUCAAAGUCCAGAAUGAAGACGUCCAGCGAGCCGUGUGUGGGGCCUUGAGAAACCUGGUAUUUGAGGAUAAUGACAACAAGUUGGAGGUCGCUGAGCUCAACGGGGUGCCCCGCCUGCUGCAGGUGCUAAAGCAGACCAGAGACUUGGAGGCUAAGAAGCAGAUCACAGGUUUGCUGUGGAAUUUGUCUUCUAAUGACAAACUCAAGAACCUCAUGAUAACAGAAGCCUUGCUCACCCUGACUGAGAACAUCAUCAUCCCCUACUCGGGGUGGCCUGAAGGAGACUACCCCAAAGCAAAUGGCUUGCUUGACUUUGAUAUAUUCUACAAUGUCACCGGAUGCCUCAGAAACAUGAGCUCAGCUGGCCCUGAAGGGAGGAAAGUGAUGCGCAGGUGUGACGGCCUCAUCGACGCCCUGGUCCACUAUGUCAGGGGCACCAUCGCAGACUACCAGCCUGACGACAAGGCCACAGAGAACUGUGUGUGUACCCUUCACAACCUCUCCUACCAGCUAGAGGCAGAGCUCCCAGAGAACUAUUCCCAGAGCAUCUACAUCCAAAACCGGAAUAUCCAGGCUGACAACAGCAAAAGCAUUGGGUGCUUUGGUAGUCGAAGCAGGAAAGUAAAAGAGCAAUACCAGGACGUGCCAAUGCCGGAGGAAAAGAGCAACCCCAAGGGCGUGGAGUGGCUGUGGCACUCCAUCGUGAUUCGCAUGUACCUGUCGCUGAUCGCCAAGAGCGUGCGGAACUACACGCAGGAAGCGUCCCUAGGGGCGCUGCAGAACCUCACGGCAGGGAGCGGCCCGAUGCCAACAUCGGUGGCGCAGACUGUGGUGCAGAAGGAGAGUGGCCUGCAGCACACCCGCAAGAUGCUGCACACCGGGGACCCCAGCGUGAAGAAGACGGCCGUCUCCCUGCUGAGAAACUUGUCCCGGAAUCUCUCUCUGCAGAAUGAAAUUGCUAAAGAAACCCUCCCGGAUUUGGUGUCCAUAAUUCCCGACGCGGUCCCGACGACGGACCUGCUCGUGGAGACGACAGCAUCGGCCUGUUACACGCUCAACAACAUAACCCAGAACAGCUACCAGCACGCGCGGGACCUCCUGAGCACGGGCGGCCUCCGCAGGGUCAUGGCCAUCAGCGCGGGGGACGCUUAUGCCCCCAGCAAAGCCACUAAAGCGGCGUCUGUCCUCCUGUACUCCCUGUGGGCACACACGGAGCUCCACAACGCCUACAAGAAGGCUCAGUUUAAGAAGACAGAUUUUGUCAACAGCAGGACUGCCAAAGCCUACCACUCUCUUAAAGACUGAGGACAAGGAGUGGACCACAGGGACCUCAGCCAGGAAACCUCAUCUUGGCCAUGCAGCCCCCCUGCCCCAGGAAAACACCUAUUUUUCUACUCUCCAGCCCAGGAAUCCCCCCAAAAGAAAGCACGCCUGUUUCUAGCCUUUCCAGUUGCCACGGUCCAGAGACCCAGAGAACAAAUAAUCAGAACACAGUGAUUUAGGCUCCAGAGGACCUUUACAAGUUUGCUACCUGUAGCCACCAUGCCCUGCCCACAGUGCUCCUCUGGGGCCACACACACUGGUGGGGUGUGUGAGGGCAGCUGCGGUGUCACUUGGGCUUAAAAAAAUUUGAUUUAUGUUUGUUCUCCUGAUUUCUGCACAUGCUUCAGCACUGAGUCAUGAGUGUUGCUCAGAGACGUUGCAACCCAUCAGAAGUGACAAGGAACAUCUCAGUCCCACCCCUCCAAAAGUGGGAAAGUGUCACAGAACAUCGUUCAUUUGCUUUGUAUUUGUUUUUAUCCCCUCAGCUCUCCCCCCUCACCCCACCCCUCUGUUCCAACUGAACUUGAGAAAUUGAUACUACAGAAGCAUGCAGGACUGUAAGAAAAAGGAAUUGGAAGGGCGAGCUCCCAGCGAGUUUACCUGGGCAAAUGGGGCUUGUGCUCCAGGAAGAAAUGUGAAUCUCCUCUAAGUAGCGGGCUCGUGUGUGUGUGUCCUGAGGCCUGGGCCUGGUGGCUUCGGCUGUGGCUGGGG